CGCGACAGCUCCGUUAAACGGUCCCUUCCUUUACUUUUGCAAUGCAUUGGCACAAACUUAGAUCAAGAUAUAGCAGCAAAUGUUGUUUUAGGAAGUUAUUUUCGUAUUCAUGUCAACAAUGCGAGAUAAAAAUUGUCGGUGUUACUGAGUUCUUGGCAGAAUGGCUCCUAUACCCAGAAACCAGAGGCGUCAAUUACAGCUACAAUGUGAGUGGAAUAGUUGCAGUUCAGUUUUCAUGUCGACACAGUCCUUCACAGAACAUCUCAUGAGUCAUGCUGAAGAAUUCAUUGCUGGCUCUCUCUCUAUUGAGAAAUGUCUGGCUGAUGUAGAUGAAAACGAUACAGAUGAUUACCAAUGCCAAUGGAUAGACUGUGGCUAUGUCACCAAUGAGGGCUCAGCAGCGCUUCUGAGACACAUGUUAUUCCACGGGUACCAUACACGGAUUAAGUGGGCUGGGACUGUAGAGAGAGAACGGUGUAAGAUUGAGACCUGUCAGCUGGAGCCUCAUAGUAGAAACAUCAUCCCUGAGGUCCCAAGCUCCUUUGUGUGUAGCUGGGAGGAUUGCUCGUUUGUGACGAACAAUCCAGACUACUUCUAUUGUCAUGUUGAGAUGCACAGUCAGAUGGAGGAAGCUGAGCGUGGAAUACUUUCUUGUAAAUGGAGAGAAUGUCAAGUGAAGACGAAGGAUAAAUACAAGCUUCGAGACCAUCUUCGAUGUCACUCCCAAGAGAAGCGGUUUGGUUGCAGUCAGUGUGGUGGUCUCUUCAGCAACAGAACUAAGUUCUUUGAUCAUAUUCAUCGACAGGGUAUACUAGAUGAGCCCAACUACCAGUGUUCACAUUGUUCCAAGGUCUUUGCUUCUGAGAGAUUGCUGAGAGAUCACAUGAGACAUCAUGUGAAUCACUACAAGUGUCCUUUCUGUGACAUGACGUGUCCAGCGCCAUCUGUGUUGAAGAAGCAUAUCCAAUGGAGACAUUCCUCAGAUCGACCUUUCACCUGUGAACUCUGCGACCAUGCAGCCAAGACUAGGACAGAUAUGAGGCGACACAUGGAGAGCCAUAAUGCUGGGGAUGCGUAUUCCUGUGACAUUGAGAGCUGUACCUUCACAGCAAAGACACUUAGCACACUCAGAACACAUUUCAGAAGGUGUCAUUCAGACGUGGAUGAGAAGCGUUACAUGUGUCAUGUCUGUCAGUCCAAGUUCUCAAGAGGUCAUGUCUUAACCAAUCAUCUCAAAGACAAACAUCGCUUCAAAUGGCCUUCAGGUCACGUCAGAUUCAGGUAUAAAGAGCAUGAAGAUGGUUUCUUGAGACUACAGACGGUAAGAUACGAGAGCAUUGAGCUAACUCAACAGAUCCUACAAGAUACUACCACCAAUGCCCCGCCCACUGCCCCACCCACUGCCCCGCCCACUGCCCACCCCACUGCCACGCCCAUCACCACACCCCUAAUGACUAUCCAAGAGGAAGAACAUGGCAGAGCCCAGUCGUCUAGCAGUCAGAAAGCUGAGAAGGGAAAGUCAUCAAAGAAACGCAAAUCACCAAGGAAACUAAGCACCAAGCAACGAAAGACCAGUUCUCCUGAGAAGGUAGACUUUGAGCCGAGUCAGGUGCAGUAUCUAGAGGGUGCUCAGGGACCAAUAAUCAUUGUGGAUUGUACGCUGGAUCUUAAGAAUCCUGAGGGAUCUACUAGGAGAGUCUUUGACGUGGAAGAUUUGAAUGAUUCUAUCGGUGAUAGCGAGGGAAGGAUCCAAUCAGGUGAUCGCGAGGGAAGAAUUCAAUCAGGUGAUCGCGAGGGAAGGAUUCAAUCAGGUGAUCGCGAAGGAAGGAUCCAGUCAGGUGAUCGCGAGGGAAGGAUCCAAUCAGGUGAUCGCGAAGGAAGGAUUGAAUCAGGUGAUAGCGAAGGCAGGAUUCUAUCAGCUGAUAGCGAAGGCAGGAUUCAAUCAGCUGAGCCGGGUGAGACAAGCUUGUAUGACAUCAUACAGCUUGGUUCACACGGGAAGGAGGUUAUUAGGAGCACUCCCGUCACUAAGAACAUCCAGUUUAUGAGAAAGCCUGGGUCGAAGGUGACAUUGGAGAAUGGUGGACAACCCCUCUCACAAGUGCAAUACCAUCAUGAAAUGAACCAGGGUACUGUGAGAAAUGAUCACCAGACUGCUUUCUUCCCCAUUGAGCAGCUAAGGAGUGUUGAUGAGGAGGAUGAGAGUAGCAGUGGAGAAAGAACUCCCAAGAAACCUCGUUAUGACCUUUCACCUCAAUCUACAGAGAAGGAGAAGAGCAGUGAAGAGGAAAUGAGAAACCGUUAUCCUGGUUUAGAGGAUGACAGAAUGGCUAUGGCGGUGGAAGCAAUGACAAACCUCUCGAGGGGGUAUGUUCAGGGAAUGUGAGAGAAAGGUUUCUCACCAGUAUCAAGAUGGUACAGGUGCUAGGUUGGUCAUUUUGGAACAGUGACUGCCCCUAAAGUACUACUUGGUCAUAUAGACGUCAUACAUAUAAUGAUAACUACAAUUAUAAACCCUCCCAAAUAGCUUCCCUGUUGUGUGUCUGUGGAAAUUGAAAUGGUUGUGAUAGAUUAGACCUCAUUGAUGUAUGUUAAUGAGCAUCAGGGAUCUCAUUGUCUUGUUGGGAUCACUUUCGAGGAGUUUCUGUUUUUAGGUCAAGCCUUGAUAACAAUGUCUUAGAGCAAACAGAUUUCAUCGUUUCAAUAUGACAUCACUUGCAGAAGGAGAAGAGAUGGAGUCCAAAGUUUUUAUUGAUGGAACCAACAAUCUCAUCAUUACAAAUUCCUUGAAUUGUUAUUUUUACCAUCAAAAAACAGAUUUAAUUACUUGUUUAUCAUUAUCAGUGAGGUUUAAGAGAGCCUAUAACUGAAUUGUGGAGUUUGAUUGGUUAGAGGUGUCGUGGUCGAGUUGAUAUGUGGAUCACAAGGUCAGAGGUUCAAGUCCUGCCGCGGCACAAAUGUAUACUAUUCUGAUUAAAUGUAUGAAUAUCUGAAAGAUAGAUUGCAAUACUAAGCAUAUCAGGCUUUAGGCGAUAUUAAUGUGGCUGUAGUUCAGGUAUUACAUUUCCCUCAGGGUAAUAUGUUAAAUCAACUAUGAAUGAAUUAAAUCAAUAAAAGCAAAGUUUAGGAAUGUGUCAUGACUUUGCCAUCCCUUCUUCAGAAUGAUUUGUUAUGUUAAGUUUACUAAACUGUAUUAUGAAGCAAAAUUAUAAUGUGGACACUAUUUAUUCAAUUCAUUUUAAUUUUUCUAUUGAAUACAUAAUAAUUACAUAAUGUAUACAUACAAAGA